AUGGAUCUUCAUUCCGAUUUGGACCUUAUAAUAAUAGGUGUUUUGGACACGGAUAUUGAUGAAACUGGUUCAGUAGAACUUGUUAAAGAAGCUUUACAAAACGCUGUUUUAGCCAAUCCAUCAGGCUAUCACGCAUUUCUCAUUGUAGUCAAGUUCGCUCAACGUUUUACCAAGGAAGAACAAGAUUCUAUUAAGAUUCUCAAAAGUAUUUUGGGAAAAGAUGUCAUCAAAACCCACGGCAUUGUCAACUUUUUGCUUCAACCACCAAAAGAAUUGGAUUUAAUUUUAAUUGGAAAAAGAGGAAACGGUAAAAGUGCGUCUGGCAAUUCAAUUCUAAACAAAAAAAUUUUUAGACAAAGCGAUUGUUAUGAAUUAGAAACUACAUAUCCAUCUUAUGAUACAUGCGAUUUUUUUGGCUACAAAACACAAGUUGUUGAUUGUUCAGGAAUUUUUGACAGUUACUGGAAUGUUGAACAAGGAAAUGAAAUGUUGUUUCGUAUUGCAAUUCAAAAUGUUGUAUUAGCCAACCCAAAAGGUUACCACGCUUUUAUUAUUGUCAUAAGAUUUGGGGGACGCUUUACAAUCGACGAAAUAGAAACUAUCAAACUUAUAAAAAUAAUUUUGGGAGAAGGAGUCUUGGAAAAAUAUGGCAUUAUUUUAAUGACAAAUGGAGACUCGUUUAAAAGGCAUCCUGAUUUAACCCUAGAUUCGUUUUGUAAAAAGCAAACUGGAUUUUUUAAAGACAUACUAUUAGAAUGUAAAAACAGAAUAGUUGUCUUCGAUAAUGUGACAGAUAAUGAAGACACUAAAAUGAAACAGAGACAAAAUUUAUUUGAAAUGGUUAAGAGUCUAAAUAAUAAUGAUCAAAGAUAUCAAAAUGAACAUUUCAAAAAAGCUAAACAAUUAUUAAAAAAUGAGCAUGCUUAUCAAAGAAAAGAUUUCAUAAAUACGCAGAGUUUUAUUUUAGAUACAGAUAAUCCUGAAAUUUUGAGAACGAUUUCGGAAGAUGUUCAUACAUUGAAACUGAAGGGAGCAGAUAUCACCCCAGAUGAAAAAAAUCUAGUAGAGCCAGUAAAACAUUUGUUAGCAAACCUUGAUGAGACACAAGGCUUUGUUGUUGAACGUAUACAGGCGAUAAGUAACAAUACAAAUACAAAACAUAAACAAGAGAACGCUGACCUGGGUACCAGAUUUCAAGAUAUUUUACAGAGUUUCCAACACUCAAAGAAAAGAUUCGAUUACGCUUAUUAUCCUCUUUUGAAACAUUGUGUUAAAAAAAUCUGGCGACAUAGAUAA